AUGACAGUUGGGCAAUUUGUGGAGAAGGUGCAUGUGGAGUUGAAGAUAACAAUUUCGGUGGGAAAGGCGAAGCGUGCAAUGGCACGUGCGAGGAAACUGAUCGAGGGUGAUACAAUCAAGCAGUACAAGAGGCUGCAUGAUUAUAGGGAAGAGAUUUUGAGGACAAAUCCAGGGAGUACCGUUGUCCUAGCAACUAGGCGCCUAUCGGAUGGAACUGACAAGUUCAAUGGAAUCUACAUAGCUUAUGAAGCUUGUAAGACUUCCUUCAAGCAGCAUUGCAGGCCCAUUGAGAAUACGGAUACUUGGAGUUGGUUUUUAAGUUUGUUGGUUAAGGAUCUGGACAUCAAGGAUUCGAGCAAGUGGACAUUCAUCUCCGAUAGACAAAAGGGCCUUAUCAAUGUUGUCCGAAGUUGCUGCCAUAAUGCCGAACACCGCUUCUGUGUGUGGCAUAUGCACAACAACUUCAAGAAGGUGUUCCCAUCUCCAACGCUAAAAGACAAGAUUUGGGAAGCAGCCCGUUCAACAAAUGCAUACGCCUUCGAGAAGGUGAUGGAGGAGGUGAAACAACUGAACACCGCUGCACACACGUGGCUUACCGUGCACACUGCCAAGGAGAGCUGGAGUCGAGCUUUCUUUGGUUUUGAGGCCCAUUGUGACAUUCUAGUCAACAACAUUUCAGAAUGUUAUAACAAAGUCCUAUUGUUUGCGCGGGACAAGCCCUUGUAUGGCAUGCUGGAAUGUAUCCGAAUGUAUUUGAUGGACAGGUUCACCACCCGACGGAAGAUGGCUGCAAAGUUGGAGGAUUGUAUCGGACCCAAGAUAAGGAAGAAGCUUGAGAAGCUAAAGGAAAAGGUUGGAGAUUGUAUGGUGAGAGAGGCUGGUGAAUGGGUGUAUCAGGUGAACACCAAAUUCAAUGAGCAGUUCGUGGUGGAUAUACGGGAUCGGAGUUGUAGCUGUAGGCGUUGGAUGUUGACCGGGUUACCGUGCCCACAUGCGAUUGCUGCUAUUCAGAUGACUGGGGAGGAUGUGGACUCCUUUGUAGCUCAAUGCUACUCAACGGAGACGUUGCAAUUGGUAUACGCGCCCAUCAUCUACCCGGUACACGGACCAGAUAUGUGGCCAAGGACUCCUCAUCCCGAUAUCGUUCCACCAGACCUUACUCGAUUGCCCGGACGUCCGAAGGGAGCAAGGCAAAAAACGGCUGAAGAACUGGCUGCAAGAAGCAAGGUCAAAGCAAAGGCAGCAAGGAUAACCCAUCAAGUUGUCACGGUCCGAGAUGGAGAGGAUGGACGCCAGAAAAUGUCGAGGAAGGGGCUUAUGCCGGAGUACAAGUGUCGGCUUUGUGGUGAAAAAGGACACAACAAAAGGAGAUGUCCCCAAAGCAUUCAGUUGGGAAAAUCGAAAGGGUCAACGGUUAGGAGGGAGCGUAAUCGUGAUAAAGAACAGCAGGCUUGUACAUUGUGCCACCAACCCGGCCACAAUAGGGCAAGUUGUUCAAGUGCGGUUGCGGAUAUGUUUGCAGAACCCGGCUCCUCAUAUACUACUGCCUCUGUUCCCGCGAAGAAGAAACCACCCAACAAGAAGAAGGGUGUUUGA